GAACUUCCAUUGUCAGACUAUCCUCUCAGAGAGACCUUUGAGUUACUGGGAUUGGAGAACUUGGUUCAGCUCUUCACAUGUGUACUACUUGAAAUGCAGAUUCUGCUGUAUUCACAAGAUUACCAGCGGCUGAUGACUGUAGCAGAAGGGAUCACGUCGCUACUUUUCCCAUUCAGUGGCAGCAUGUGUAUGUCCCCAUCCUGCCGGCCUCUCUCCUUCACUUCCUUGAUGCUCCUGUACCGUACUUGAUGGGCCUCCAGUCCAAGGAAGGGACAGAUCGAACCAAACUUGAAUUACCACAGGAGGCUAAUCUUUGUUUUGUGGACAUUGAUAACCACUUCAUAGAACUACCGGAGGAGUUCCCACAGUUCCCCAACAAAUUGGAAUUUAUUCAGGAAAUCUCAGAGGUUCUCUUGAACUAUGGCAUACCACCAGAGGGAAAUUUACACUGCAGCGAGAGCGCC